AUGGCGGCGUGGGGACAGGAAAGGACCCCGGUGACAGCAGAGGUGGCACCGGUGGCACUGGAGAUGGCCCCGUGGGGACACGGAAGGGCACCGGGGCCACCCGAGGUGACACCGAUGGCACGAGAGGUGGCCCCAGGGACACGGGAGGUGGCACCGGUGACGUUGGAGAUGGCCCCGUGGGGACACGGAAGGGCACCGGGGCCACCAGAGGUGACACCAACGGCACGAGGGACGGCACUGAUGGCACAAGAGGUGGCACCGGUGGCACUGGAGAUGGCACCCUGGGGACACGAAAGGACACCGGUGACACGAGACCGGUCCCCGGGGACACGAGUGACACCAGUGACACAAGAGGUGGCACCGGUGACAUUGGAGGUGGCCCCUUGGGGACAAGGAAGACCACCGGUGACACAGGAGGUGACAACACUGACACUGGAGAUGGCCCCGUGGGGACAAGAGGUGACACCAGGGACACCGGAGGUGCCACCAGGGACACGAGCGGUGACACCAGGGACGCCCCCUUUGGUGGUGGCCCCGUGGGGACAAGGACCAUCAGGGCUGGCAGCCGGGGCACCGGGGACGUCCCCACGGGGCCACCAAGUGUCCCCUUUGGGCAGGGGGAGGGACACAAGGGGACAGGGGGUGGCCACGGGGGCGUCCCCACGGACAGGGGAGGUGGCACCGAUGUCACCAGGGGUGUCCCCUUUGGAACCGGGGACGUCCCCACGGACACGGGAGAUGUCACCAGGGAUGUCCCCAAGGGCACUGGGAACACGAAAGGUGCCACCGCUGCCACCCGAGGUGCCACCACGAACACAGGAGAUGUCACCGUUGUCACCCGAGGUGCCGCCACCACCGCCACGCAAGGUGCCACCAUUGUCACCCGAGGUGUCCCCAAGGACCCAGGAGAUGCCACCAUUGUCACACAGGGCGUCCCCUUUGUCACCGGGGACACGAGAGGUGCCACCAAUAUCACCCGAGGUGCCACCACGGACACAGGAGAUGCCACCGCUGUCACCCGAGGUGCCACCACGCCCCCACGAGAUGUCCCCACUGUCCCUGAAGAAGUCCCCAAUGUCCCCCACAGUGUCCCCAUUGUCCCCCGCGGUGUCCCCUUUGUCCCCUGCGCUGUCCCCAUUGUCCCCCAAG